AUGAUUUUACUUAGAUUAAUCCGAAGAGCUGAUGUGUUGGUUAAACCUUUCUAAUUUAAUGUUCACAACAGGAAGCGGACGUAAACUUUGAUAGGGGGAAUUUUCUCGAUUCUACUAUUCGUGACCUAUAUAUUGUAUGGAAUCAGUUUGUUUAAUCGAUAAGAAUUAAAUUAGAACACAAUUUAUGCUGGCUCAUAGUCAGAUUUUUAAGAUGAUUACAGUUUAAAUCAAUCAAUAGUUAAAUUUGCAGUUGAAAUCUCUCCAAUCUCAAAGGAACCCUUUGAAAACUAUACAUACAUCUAACAAUAUCUAAAUUUGGAUGUGUUUUAUAUUGAUUAAAGAAGAGUUAGCGAAGUUGUUGGAUACAAAAGGAAUUAGACAAAACUCAUAAUGAAGAAAUGUGAAAAGACAUAUAUUAAUGGAUUCAAUUUUUAGAAUGCCACUUUGACAGAGAAUUAAAAGGAACAGCUUCUCUGCUUCGAAGGACAAUUUAAUAUAUCUGGAUAAUUUUAUGAUCCAGUAUUUCAAUAUGUAAAAAUUCAGUUGAAUAUUUGUGAUAAUCAAACAAAUCCUGAUUGCAAAUCAAUUUAAGAAAUUGAAAAAUUUAUUAGUCAAGGGUAGAAUUACAUUUUAAAAAAAACUAGUAUCAAUAUAGAUCUCUUCAUCAAAGGAGACAGGAUAAAGAAAGCCCUGAAUAUGAGCGCACCAGCCGAAACAUAUCCAAAAAACAUGUUUUGGAGAUUGACUACAGGAGUGGCAAAUAAUGAAGAUAUAUAUAUGGCACCUAUCUCCUUAGAUAUAAAAAAAAAUAGUUUAUUUGCAAAAUUAACAACUUAAGGGUCCAAUCAGAACAUUUUCAAGUCUGCUGCAAUAUUUAAAUCCGAAAGAAGAUAGGAAUCUAUUAAUUUAUCAUAUGGAGUCUUGAUGAAUUCCUUUUAUCUAAGGGCCGGGUCUGAAAGCUUUUAUUAUUUCUCUUAUUAAUAAGAUUGGCUAGUUAUCUUAUUAUCCUCGAUAUCAGAAACUACCUCUUUAAUAGUUACAUUCUUAAGAAUCCUUUAAUUCUUUUAUGGAUUUUAUAAUAAACAUAAGACAUUUGAGACUUUAAUGAACAACGUGUUCAAAUUUGAUAUCACUAAAAAUACUCGUUCUGAUUUUGAAGAAAAUAUGCAAGGUAGUGGAAUGCAUAUUGAUCCAUAAUAAAAUGUAUUAAUAAAAAAGUAGAAAUUAGAAAAAAUUAUUAAUUUCACCAUCUAAUAUCCUAUGUGGAGAUACAUACUCUAUAAAUUAUCAAAAUUAUUUUUGUGUUUAAAACAAAGGUUCAAUUUAUGUUAGAUUGCAUAAGAGGAAAUGAUUACGAUCUCAUAAUUGGCAAAAAAUAAAAUUCAGAAUGAUUUAGAUUUAACUAAUAUUCUCAAAAAACUAUAUGAAAUCGAUUGCCUUAAGCUCCUAUUAUUUGAUGAUGAUCAAUUGUUAAUAUUCAAUAGUUUUAGCUCUCCUGUAUUUGAGGAUAAUAUGGUUUAAUAAUAGCACUUUUAAGAAAUCGUUAAGUUAUAAGGAUAUAGGCGUUCCUUAAGAACUUAAACUUUUAGUAAAGUAGACUUUAAAUUUGUUAAUUCAUAAAAACUACCUUUUACUUAAAAAUUAAAGAAACUUUCAAGAUUCUUUAGUGCCUAGAUGUUACCAAACAAUGCAGAAGAAUUGACCAAUAUUUUUAGAAAAAUUCUUGAAGAUUAAAAUGUUAAUUUCAAAAAAAAUCAGAAAUUGCUCAAAUUUGCUCAAUCUAAUUAUUCAUUGUAUAAAUUAGUACAACAGUAUUGCUAUGCCAGUGCAAAUGUCACAGUUGAGAGAAAAACAAACGAAGCUCUUUCUUUAGAAGGUGAAGACAGACAUAAUGUUUAGAAUCUGUAGGUACAUAUGAGAACUUUAAAUAAGUGA